GUAAUAUUACAAGACUUAGGCUUGGUGUGUCUUCUGUUGGCAGUGUUGUUUUUGAAGUUAGAUAUCUUCAGACAGACCUCUACUUAUCUCUUCAUACCUUUUGAACUUUGAGACCAAUUACACGGCUUUCUUUUUUUUUUUGUCAGUGUGGCUGGGAAGUGCUGCAGGAUUCAGUAAAACAUGCAUGUCAUAUUGAUAAAACUCUUUUUCUUUUUUUCAAAUGCAGCAGCAGAAAGUAGCAGACCCUGAGAAAAACCAGAGACAGAAGAGAGGCUGAAAAAAGGAGGAGCUUUCAUCGGCCAUUGCGUCAUGAGUUACUUCGAGGAUCAGAUUUACUGUCUUGUCCACUGAAGAGUGACUGCCUGGUUCUGAUCAAUCCUGAGUGUUGGAUGUCUGAGACAGGAAGAAUUUAACUCAACAAAAAGGAGAGAUUUCAACAGAGAAUCUUCCACUGCUAAUCAAACAUGUCUCAAGUAAGUUUAAAGAAGAGAUAGCUUUUUCCUUAUCGUGUUGAGAGGACUUUCUUCAAACAUGGAAAACCAGAAAUCAAAAACAUGUCUGAUUUUUUCCCCUCCAGCCAGGUCAGGAAGAUGAACAAAUGCAGCGCCCUGAGGUAAGAGAAGAGGACCUGAGUGAAACGAGGAACAGACUGGGACUGAGUGGACCUGCAAAGAGUAAAACAAUGGAAGUGAUGGAGGAGUGCGGUGAGUUCUCACACAUGAAAACACACACAGGGAUACAUGAUUUGACACCAGUCUUACGGAGGAAACUGAAAGGAAACAGCCUGCACUUUUUUGGAAUGUGGUUAUCCAUGACUACAUUUUGGCUGUGAGUUUGUGUGAGGGGCGUUUCCCAUGAUGCACAAGUUUCCGCUCCAUAUACAGAAAAGAGGGGAGAGUUGUAAUUAUGGAAGGUUCAUGUCAGUGCUUCCCUGAUGUAUUUAGACAAAGUGUUUGUAGAUCAUAUCAACAACAUUACACAACCCUCUUGGCUGGGCUUUUACAUCUUUGUGUUGUCUCUCUGAUGUUUACAGAAAAAAAGGGUAAAGCUGCCCCCUCAGUGUUCAGCAGAGGAAAGUCAGGCACCGAGACAGCUUUGAACGCACGCUCAGCUCAACCAAUCAGGAAGUAGCAGCAGACCUUUUGACCGUGAUGUGACAACACCUUGUCCUAGUUAAGGGUCUGUAAUGUUCCAGCUGUGCUGCAGUUGAUUUUUAAAAGGAGCUCUGUACUUUUUUUAAGCUUGCUCUCACUUUUUUCCUCUGUUUUUGUUUUUUAACUUAAUACAAAGAUUGGUUUAAAACCUUUUCAGAAAAAUGUUGUCAGUCUUUUAUUGCUGUUUGUAAAACUGGCAAUUUCUCACAAUUUUACAACAACAACAAAAAGUAAAGUACAGGGGCAUAAAUUCUGCCUUUGAACUGAAGUAUCAUGAGAGGUUUUGUUAAGAGAAGUUUGUUUUUAAGAGGUUUCUUUUAGAUUAAUGAAAAAUGCCUUUGUUAAUUUUUUUGUUUUUGUUUGAUCUAUUCUGAGCUGAACAGCACGCAAAGCAAACAUGCAGAUGAUGCGAAAAAUAAAGACACUCUUCAGGGAAACAGAAAGAAUUUGUAUUUUUCUUUUUACUCAAGCUUACUCUUACUUUUGUCCUCUGUUUUUGUUUUUUUAACUUAAAACAAAGAUUGGUUUAGACGUUUUUGGAAAAUUUUGUCAGUCUAUUAUUACUGUUUGUAAAACUGGCAAUUUCUCAAAAUUUUACAAAAAAAAAAAAAGUAUCAUAGAGGGGCAUAAACACAGCUUUUGAACUGGGGUAUCAUAAGAGGUUUUGUUAAGAGAAAGUUGUUUUUAAAAGAGGUUUCUUUUAGGUGAAUGAAAAAUGCCUUUGUUAAUUUUUUUUGUUUUUGUUUGAUCUAUUCUGAGCUUGACAGCACGCAAAGCAAACAUGCAGAUGAUGUGAAAAAUGUAAUGUACCAAUAAAGACACUCUUCAGGGAAACAGA